GAGCAACUGACAUUACUAAAGCGAGUUGAUGAGAUCAAGAAGGAGUUUAAUACCAUUAUACGUGAUGAGGCUGACGAUUCUGCACUCGCAAUGGAGAGAGUUAUACUUACACCUGAGGCUAAAGCUGAAAUCGUUUGUUCUUCUGCGGAAGAAUUAAAAUUAGUAGCCGAAAAUUUAGGACAAAUUAAGGAUUUGCAAGAAUCUAUAGAUGCUCCAGAAUUCAAAGGACUCGAUAAGCUCUUUCCUCAGGUUACACCUAUUGAAACCAGUCACGUAGACCAAGUGGCUAGAGCUGACGAAGCUUCUGCUCACAUAACAUUUUUGUUGGACAAAUAUAAUAUAUUUGUCAAUAUACUAUCGGAAAUUUUUAUUUCCUGGGAUCACAUUCUUUCAACUCUUGAUGCACAUAUAUCCGCACUUGAGCGAGCAAAAGCAAAUGA